AUGGUUAAAUUAACGAACUUUGAGACGCUACAAAAGAAAGAGAACGCUAAGGCUUACAAACCAUUGAUAGAUGGCCUAAUUAACUGUACAUUGGAUGAAUUUGUGUCCAAAUUAAAUGAUAUACAAGAUUGGGAUCGUUCCAGAGAUGAUCUUUUCGUUUGGAUUCCAGUGUUAGAUAGGAUCGAUGAAUUGCUAUCAAACAUUGUUAAAAAAUACGGGUAUGAAUCUGCUGAUUAUAUUAAAAAUCCACCAAAAUUAACUGUUAUGAAAAAAGAAGAUGAAUCUGUGUGCAUUUCUUUGAUUGAAUUUACGCAGCGAUUACUAUACAAUACAGAAAACCGGUUUUUUUAUUCUUCAAUGGACGUGAUGAAUAAUUUAUUAAAUUGCCCAAACUUUGAAAUUAAAUUAGUGGCUAUUAAAGUAUUAGCAAUAAUGGGCGAAAGAUAUGUCAUCGCAAGGGAAAGAAUCGAUUCGAAAAAUAUUUUGAGCACCCAUUUAUUAAAAAAGAAAGCAUUAGAAUUAGCAUUAGCAUUGCCAUCAUCAACAAUCGACGAUGAUAAUAAACACUUUUCAUUAGUUGGUUUAUAUUUCGAUGAUAAAAAAUUUCCUGCUAAAUGGUCAAAAUUAAAAUUCACAUAUUAUACAUCUUCAAAUCAAAAGCUAGGUUCUUUACCCUCAAGUGCACCACCUAGCACUACUCAUCAUUUUCCAAAUCAUAGCCACAAUAAGGAUUUAACUCCUACAACUAAUUCUACUUCAUUAAAUGCGUCAUUUAAUAACCCUUCAAUUAAAAAAUUGGUGAUUCAAAAGGAUGAGUUGGCUUCUUCAACAUUACAACACUUAUUAAAUAAAGGUAUGGAAUUACUAUCUAAGGAGCAUUGGUUUGAUUUUUCCCUAAAGGUAUCAAUAGCAAAAUCAUUUUCUAAUGAUUCGCCGGAAAAUUUAGAAUUAAGAAAUUUGAUUGUUAGAACAAAAUUUAAUGCAAUGGCAUUGGUAAAUACAAUUUAUAUCCCACCUCAAGUUAGUUCUAAAUUAUUUGAAAUCGAUCCAUAUGCUUUUAACAGUUUGACAGAUUUUAUAUCUCUAUCUGAAACAAAAGUUCCAAAAGCUUUAAGAGCUGAUGCAUUGUUUGCAUUGGAAUGUAUAUCAUUGAAACAUGUUUGGUGUUCCGAUAUAGUGAGAAACCUUGGUGGUAAUAUGUCGCAUGGCCUUCUAUUUCAAAUUUUACAUUAUAUUUCAAAAGCCCUACGUGAGAAAAAUGCAGAAGUGGAUGAAGACUAUAACGUUAGGUUUUUCUAUUUAAUUUCCAAUCUUGCAGAUGUAAAAACCCUGCACUCAUCUUUAAUAGCUGCUGGUCUGAUCCCAAGUUUAAUAGAUAUUGUUUCAAUUAAACAUUCAACUUAUAGAAGAACAACCUCUUCUGCUAAUCAUUUAUUAGAGUUAUUAAUAGACGAUGCAGAAUCAACUUCUGAAUUUAUUAAUAACGAUGGUUUGAAUAUUUUGAUUAAUUCCAUCAGGGAUGAAGUGACUUUUGCAUUGGAGAAUCCAGAUUAUGGUAAGCCCCCUACUUACUCAACAGUUUAUUAUUCAGUAUCCUUCAGACAAUUGGCAUAUAUAAGGAGUUUAUUGAAAAUCGUCCAAAAAAUGUUAAAAUCGGAUUCCGGAGAUAGAAUUAGAAAUUUAAUCGAUUCCCCGAUUCUUGUUUCAUUACUUGAUAUAUUGAAAAACAGAUCAGUAUUUGGUUACACAUUGGUAACGCAUUCUUUAGACAUAAUACAAAUAGUGCUUAAUAGCGAACCUACUAUUUACAAUAUUCUAGUAGAAGCAGGUAUCAUCCCAUUCAUAUUUGAUCACUUUGAAGAAUUUAUUUGCCCUUAUCCUGAACUAAUUGCAUUAUUACCAGAGCUAUUAUCAGCAUUGUGUUUAAAUCCAGAUGGUUUAAAUAAGGUUAAAAAUUCCAACAUGAUACAGUUAUUAACUGAAGCAGUAACAAAUAUCAAUUAUGCAAAAUUAUUAUCCUGGAAGCAGGAGGCUAGCCAGCUAGGUACAUCAUUAGAUGAACUAACAAGACAUUAUCCUGAACUGAAACCUAUUAUGGUAAAAAGUUUUACAAACGUAGUGACUGAGUUAUUGAAAAAGAUUGAUUUUAACCAGCCAUUUUUAUAUAAAUCAUCUUUAAGUGAUGGCUACUAUUUCAAUUCUACCACAGAGGAAGUUAACUCAGAUCCAGAUGGAUCUGAAGAGUUGGCGUUCUGGGAUGUUCAAAAGUCAACUUCUUUAGUAGAUUGUUUUGCUGACCUUCUUUACGGUAUGACAAUGGAAAAUGCUACACUAAAUUCGUUAUCUGAACAAUUAGACUUCAGCAAGGUAUUAGAGAUUAUUAUAAUGAAACACCCACCUUUUGAUUAUGUUUCUUCACAAACUAUGUUAAAUUUCACCGAUGUAUUACAAUUGCUAGAAGAAAAGAAAAAAGGUUUUGCAUUUCCUAUUUUAUUGAAAAUGCUUGAUACUCAAUUACAAUCCAUUUCUGAAUUUUUGAAUAGCUCGAUGGCUACGAGCUUCAUAUUAAAUUGUGAGGGUAAUGACAGCUCUAAUAACGUUGAAGAGAUUUUGGGCAAGUUAUCAAGAGUCACUGCAUUGUUAUAUGUAAUUACUGAUGUUUACAUUAGUGUUACUUCUUUAUCCCCAUCAAGAGUAACCCAGAUAAUGGAAUAUUUUGAGAAAAAUGGGUUCCAGUUAAUCACCAACUUAAGAUUACUUUUCCAAAAAUGUGCUAUCGAAGAUGAAUACAUCCGUAACCAUAUGCCUGUUGAUGCAAUUAGACAGACGAUGCCAGAAUUUUAUGGUAAUGCUCCACCAAUUCAAAUCCAUGAUACGAAACCUUCAGAAGAAGAAACUAAGAACGAUUUUAAAUCUGCUAAAAUGAAAAAUUCCUAUCAGACGAGAUUUCUACUAACAAAAUUACAGACCUGUUCAUCAAUUGUUUUUAGGUGCUUAUUAAGAUUAACUCACUCCAAAAAUGCAGUUAUGGAAACAAGUAAUAGAGCGUUAGAGCUACGUGUUUUUGAAGUUUCUGUUAAAGAAAUUAUUGAAAUGCUGCGUUAUGUUCCAGUUGAAAAUCACUUACAAUAUUUCUUGGUUGUGCUAAAUUUCAAUUCGUUUGUGUUUUCAUUUCCAAAGACAAGUAUAAUGGGAAAUGGAAUUUUACAAACAAUCCCAAUACAAUUAUUUAUACAAGAUGGAGGAUUUCAAAUCUACAUUGAAUUUAUCAAAAAGUUAUUUAAUAAUUUGAUAAAUUUUAAAAACAUUGCUGAUAUUGAAGACAUCCCUUAUUUAAAAAAUACAACUGAGGUAUUGACUUUAAGUUGUUUGUUAAAUAUAUUGAUAUUUAUGAAUAAGUCAAUUGAAACGGAGACUUUGGAGAAUGUCAGAAGUAUUGGGAUGUAUUACCCAAAUCAGCUUCCAGAAAAUGAUUAUAACAUUACCGAUAGUGUAAUUCAGCAAGUAAGAAUUUUAGCGUUAGGGUUGAUACAUGAUUUGAAAGAAGAAGGAUUGUUAUUUGAUAGUAUUGAUCGUAAAAUCCCAUACUCAGUUUUUAAACAGAUUCUUUCAAUGUUGCAAAAUACUUUCUACGAAAGUUCUGCGAAGGACUUAGCGACUCCUUUAAAACUUGAUUGGAAAUUAGUUCCUCCAAGUAAUGCAAAAGCUCAACUUUUAAUCGAGAGUGGGUUAGCUGAAGAUAUUGCAGUGGGUUAUCUCGAACAGAAUAAAGACGAACUUCCUAAGGAUAUGAAACCAGACUGCUUUUCCAAUGACGAAUGGACAAAAUAUAAAACUUUGAAGAAGGAAAACAUUUAUGAACCUGUCAAAAUAAUACCAUGUUAUGGGUCUAUUCAAUCAUACAACGAUUUUUUUAAUAUGAAAAAUGCUUUUGUAAAAAAGGAACUGCCACAAAAACUAUUUGAAACGCUUCCCAUUUAUCCUAAACUAGUGAAUGCAUUUGCAAAAACCUUAUUGUUGAUAUACUCAUCACAUUCGGAAAGUUCCAAAACGCAAUUUAUGAAUUCAGUUUUGGAUAAAAUAAUUGAAACUGAUAAUAAUAAUAGCUCACUUUUGUCACCUCUAACGCACUUAUACGGUAUAUUCAUGAAUGAGAAAUCCGUUUAUAAGCAGUCGUUUCAAACAAUAACUAGAUUUUUGAACCACCUUCAAAUUAUAAUAAAUCCCAAAUUUGUAAACUCUUUAUGGUUUUCUAAAGCAUUAUACGUGUAUGAAAUUAUUUUAGCCAAAUCCAAUACACCUGCGAUGAUUGCACUACCAGAUAAUAUUCCAUUAGUUGACGAUUUACCAGCUUCUGAAGAAUGUUACGCAGUUGACGACGAGACUAAAGAAACUAUAUUUAAUAUUUUGAUAAGAAUGAAAGAACUCAAUAAUUUUUAUUCGGCACUGGCAAUAGCACGUAUUUUAAUAUUGUAUGCUAGUCAAGAGGUUUAUUCCAAAGAAAUCAUCAAUUCAGGAAUUUUACCAGAAAUCUUAAAAGCUAUUGGAGUAAAUCAAAAGUCAGAAAAAAUUAAUUUCUUAGAGUCAUCAUUUAUAUUAUUGCUAAGGAGGUGUUUUGAAGUUGAGGAAGUGGUUACGGAACUAAUUAAAUUUGAAAUAAAUAAAAGUUUCACAUCUAGAACAUUUGGUGAACAUAAACUAAAAGAACGAGAACUUAAUAGCCUAAUUGAAGAAAAGCCUUAUACAGUAAUGAGGGAUCCAACAAAAUUCAUUAAUACACUCUCAGCGUCUGCUUCUUUCAUUGAUUUUGCUGAGGAUGGGUCUCUCACAACUUUGUUGAUGGAAAAAAAAUCUGCUGAUUCUGCCGAUGUAGCAGUUAAAAAUAAUACAGAUAGCAAUUAUAAGAGAACUGGUAUUAUUCACUUCUUAUUGUCACAGUUAAUGGCAGCAUCUAAGAAAGAUUGGAUCUCGGAACCUGUUUCUACAAAAAGUCUAUCUGAUAAAAAAAACGGCUCAGAAAAAAUUGAUCCAACUAAAAAUCCUGUAUGUGCCUACAUGAUUUUUCUUUUAAAAGCACUAGUUGAGUUAGUUGGUAGUUACAAACAAUGUAAAUUUGAGUUUUUGACAUUUGAUAGAAGGAACACAUACGCAGAAUUUGCAAAGCCGAGAUUUACUGCUCUAAAUUUCUUUUUGUAUCAAUUACUAGAUAAAAGUAGUAAUUCGGAACAAGAUAAAUAUGAACUGAAACGAAGAGAAGUCAUUAGUACAUUGGCGCGUUCUGUCUUGGUUGCAUUCAUUUCAAGUGUUCAAGAUUCUAGCAUUAAAGCCCAGGAUCCUAAGGUAAUUGAAUAUGAUAUGACUUUUGUGAGAAAGUGUUCAAUAGAAGCAAUAAUCAAAGCUUUAAGAAACUCCAGCUCAACACCAAAAUCAUUAGAAGCCAAUUUCAAUAAAAUUGAAGGUUGGUUAAAAAUUAUUUCGUCAAUGAUCUUCGUGCAAGCUCCUUAUUUGAGAUUAAUUUUGGAUGCUAAUAAAAUAGAUGCUGAUCAAUAUCAGAUGUGUAAAUUGAUGAUUGAAAUGGACGUUCCAAACGUCAUUUCUGAAUGUUUAUCUGUAUUGGAUAUUAAUUACCCGUUUGCAAAAAAGAUGUUUAACAAUGCAAUCGAUCCAUUAAACGCUUUAAAUUCAGUGAGGAAUAGUUUUUCAGAAUUAUUUAAAAUCGAAGGCUUAGAUGAUGAAGACGAAGAGGACAUGGACUCUGAUAAAGAAGAACAGCAUAAUAUGUUUAAAAAUUCUAGUUUAGGGAUGUAUGAUGUUGAGGAUAUUGAAGAAGAUGACGAAGAUGAUGAAUCGUUGAUAGGAGAUGAUGAAGAAAUUGCAUUCGUCAACGCCGAAGAUGGUGGUUAUGAUGUAGUGUUUAGUGAAGAUGAAGACACAGGAUCGGUGACUUCAAACACUUCUGAAGAUAUUCAUUCCUCAGACAGUGAGAAUGAAAUAGAUUAUUCCCUAGAUUCUGCUGAUGGGUUGACAGUCGAUGUAGUUUCUGAUUCUAGUUACAAUUCUUCUGAAAUAGCUGACGACGUUGAUUCUGAUGCAGCCAUGCCGGACGAUGAUUCGGGUGUAUUUUAUAAUAAUGGUAGUGAUAUAGAACUCAUAUCAAUCGAUAGUGAUGUUUUUGUUUCUGAUGCUGAUAUGGAUUUAGAUUUAAGUGAUUAUGAUAUUGAUCAAUCAGAUUGGGAAUCUGGAUUAUCAGAUUUUCCUAGUACGGAUGAUGAAGCAGAGGAAGUAACUUCAAUUGCAGGUUCUUUAUCAAGAGGAGAUAAUUCCAGAAGACGUUGGCUAACUUCUGAUGGUGUCGAAAUACUGGAUAAUUCCUCAGAUGAAGAAGAUAGACCUGGUGUUUUCCAAGGAAUAGAGCAUGUUUUUGAACCGGAUGAGGAGCACUUUUUUAGAGUCCAAGAUAUGCACCGAAGUCACCGCAAUCCAAGAUCUUUGCACAGAUCCCUAGGCAACUCACCUUUGGUACCACCAAGUUUAUCUUUAUUGAAUAUUGGAAGGAGAAAUCAAAAUUCUCUAAUCAAUCCGCUAGGCCCUGCAGGUUUAGAAGAAGUUGAGAAUGAUGUAUCUGAACAACUUUUAAAUAUAGUAUCUGGCCAACGUCCGAGAACAGAACGGCCAACUUUUGCUAGUCUGUUAUUUUCUGGAGACUCUCUAGAUGAUAAGGCACCAGAUGGUAUUCUUCUAAAGCCAACUUUAGCCAGAUGGAAAGAUAUUUUUGACAUGUUCUAUAACACUAAAGGUUACGCCAAAAACACUAUUACAAGUAUAAUUGCAAAGAUGUAUCCUCCAAGUUAUAAGUUAUUUAAAGAAAAACAAGAAAAAUUAAAAGAUAUUGAGAAGUUACCAAUAAAAAAAUUAGAAGAAAAUUCAAGUAACCCUUCUAAUGAAGAAAUACCAAGUGAACCAAUUGAAGAAGAUGAGUAUAAUGAAUCAGAUGAAUCUCCUGCUGUAACAGAUGAAGAAGAUGAGGGAAUCAGUGACGGUGAUGAAAUAAUUACUGAGGGUGACGAAGCUAUCGAAAACAGGGAACCUAUUUAUGUAACGAUCGAUGGUGAAUCUAUUGAUAUAUCUGGUACUGAUAUAGAUCCAGAGUUUUUAAACGCAUUGCCCGAAGAUAUGCGAGCAGAAGUAUUUUCUCAGCAUAUUCGCGAACGUAGAGCAGAAGCAGCCCAUAACCAUAUUGAGUCCAGAGAAAUUGAUUCAGACUUCCUUAAUGCCAUACCUGAGGAAAUCCGAGAAGAUAUCUUGGAACAUGAAACUGUCGACUCUAGAGUGUCUAAUAUUAUGCGAACUAUUAAUGAUAACUUAAGAACUAAUAUGCGGCAAAAUGGAAGAGAUAGUAUUGAUUCUAUUGAAGUUAUUGAUGAACGUGUUGAUUUGAAUACAACCGAAAAUGAAAAAGAUGCUGAUUCUGAGAAGAAAAAAUCAUCAAGAAUAUAUUUUUCACCUCUUGUAGACCGGGCAGGAAUAUCUGCAUUGAUGAAAUCGAUUUUUAUAUCGCAGCCAUAUAUCCAAAGAGAAAUGUAUCAUGAAUUAUUCUACAGGUUAUGCUCUAGCAAACAAAAUAGAAGUGAUAUUAUUAACUUUUUACUUUUAAUUUUAACUGAAGGUAUUCAAGAUCAACAUUCUUUAGAAAGAGUAUAUUCAAUAAUGGUAAAUCUAACUCAAAGUGGUCCAAAUAAAUAUCAUAAUAAUUCAUCUCAAAUUAGACAAUUACCUCCUGAUAGCACUCCUCUGGUUGUUGCUAACCAAGCAAUAGAAAUUUUACAAAAUUUAAUAGAUGCCGAUAAUAGAUUGAAAUAUUUUUUUAUUACUGAGCAUGAAAACUUAUUAGUUGGGAAAUCGCCAAUUAAAAAUAAAAAAGACAUAAAUAGUAGGGCCUCCAAAUACCCACUGCAAUAUUUAUUCACUUUACUAGAUAAAAAGUUAAUAACCGAUGAAACAGUUUUGAUGGACUUAUUAACCAAAAUAUUACAGACAUGUACAAAACCAUUACAUUUAUUUUUAAAAUCGCAAGAUAACAAAUCCCUUUCCAAAAUGAAAUUUAAUAUGCCAGAGUUCACUGACGAUAUGUUAAUUAAAAUUGUUUCCAUUAUUAAUAUCGAAAGUUGUAAUACUAGAGUUUUUCAGCAACUUCUAGCAACCAUGCAUAAUUUGUCUGGUUUGGAAAAUUCACUAAAUAUAUUUGAUGAAGCUUUAGUAAACUUAGCUAAAUCCAAUGUUAUCGAAUUAAUCCAAAAUUUAAAAGAUUUACAAUCAAGUCAAGACGAAAUUGCAAAUGGUAAUGAAAUCAAUUCGGAAUUGUUACAGAAGUUUACUUUACCAAGUUCUUGCCAAUCAAAAAUAUUAAAAAUUUUGACUGCUUUAGAUUAUUUGCACACACACAAGAAGGAAAAGAAUUGCAUUAAUAUUAACAAUUUAAUGUCGAUUUACAACCGUAUGAACCUAGGAAAACUUUGGUCCGCAUUAAGUUGUUGUCUGACAGAAUUAGAAGACAAAAAGGGGUUAUCUACAUCUGCUACCAUCCUUUUACCUUUGAUCGAAUCUCUUAUGGUGGUUAACAAACACAAUUCCCUAUUACAAGACUCUAAUAAGCCUGGAGUUUUGAAAUAUGAAAGCAUAAAAAGUCUUGAUUUAGAACAGGUUCCUACUGAAUCCAUAUUUUUCCCAUUUACAGAUCUUCAUAAAAAGUUGUUAAAUCAAAUGAUUCGUACUAAUCCGAAAUUAAUGAGUGGACCAUUCUCAUUGUUAAUUAAGAAUUCCAAAGUUCUUGAUUUCGAUAAUAAGAGAUAUUAUUUUGUUGCCAAGCUACGUUCUGAUUUCCAAGACCAUCCGAAAUUAAGUAUAACAGUAAGUCGUGAUCAAGUAUUUUUAGAUUCUUAUAGAGCACUAUUUUUUAAACCAGACGAAGAAAUCAAAAAAUCAAAAUUAGAAAUCACUUUCAAAGGUGAAAGUGGUGUUGAUGCAGGUGGCCUAACAAGAGAAUGGUAUCAAGUUUUGUCAAGACAGAUGUUUAACCCCGAUUAUGCUUUAUUUAUCCCAGUAGCUUCUGAUAAGACCACCUUCCGCCCAAAUCGCACCUCAGGAAUCAAUCCAGAACAUCAUUCAUUCUUCAAAUUUAUUGGUAUGAUUAUUGGUAAAGCCAUUAGAGACCAAUGCUAUUUAGAUUGCCAUUUUAGCAGAGAAGUUUAUAAGAAUAUUUUAGGAAAACCUGUCACUUUGAAAGACAUGGAAUCAUUGGAUUUAGAUUAUUAUAAAUCAUUGAAUUGGAUUUUAGAGAAUGAUAUUACAGAUAUUAUUGAAGAAACAUUUUCAGUCGAAACUGAUGAUUAUGGAGAACACAAGAUAAUUGAUUUGAUUGAUGAUGGUAGAAAUAUUGCCGUUACUAAUCUUAACAAGCAAGACUAUGUCCAAAAGAUUGUUCAGUAUAAAUUGAAAACAUCAGUGAACGAUCAAAUGGAUAAUUUCUUAAAAGGGUUUUACGCUUUAAUUCCUAAAGAAUUAAUUUCAAUUUUCAAUGAACAAGAGCUAGAAUUACUAAUAAGUGGAUUACCUGAUAUCGAUGUCAACGAUUGGCAAAGUAAUACCACGUAUGUUAACUACACGUCAACUUCAAAACAAAUUAAUUACUUUUGGAGAGCAGUUAAGUCCUUUGACACUGAGGAAAGAGUAAAAUUACUACAGUUUGUCACAGGAACAAGUAAAGUACCCUUAAAUGGUUUUAAAGAAUUGGCAGGUGUAAAUGGUUUAUGUAAGUUUUCAAUCCAUAAGGACUAUGGUCCUUCUGAUAGAUUACCUUCCUCGCAUACAUGUUUUAACCAAUUGGAUUUACCAGCAUAUGAUUCUUACGAAACUUUACGUGGUUCCUUAUUACUUGCUAUUACUGAAGGUUAUGAAGGUUUCGGAAUUGCUUAA